AUGGCUAGAAGAAGAUCAUCAGGGAAGAAAAACUCUGUUUCCUUUGAAAAAGUUCCUGACUUCUUAAAUGAGAAGGUUACGAGCAACGAGAAGUCGCCUCUACAACGUAGAAGGUCGUCUGCUAACAAGGAGGCCGAUCGAAGAGAAUCUCUUGUUAACAAACUAGACGCUAGGCGAAGUGAAAUUGCGAAUGACUCAACUCGUAGAUCAAGCGAGAUGGCUCGAUCUUAUGGAAGAUAUGAGAAAUUAAAAGAUACUCCGGAUCAUCUCUAUGGUCUUGAUAAACGUCCAGUAUCUUCAGAUGAGGAUGCUGAUAUUGACAUUGGCGAUGUUUCACACCAACACUCCAGUAUUAACGAAGUCAAUUUAAAGGGAAAAGUUAAUGACUUUUUUCAAAAUCAUUGGAAAGGAAUUUCUGGACUUUUUUUAAUGAUAUUUAUUGUUGGUUUGCUGACAUCAACUAUACUUCAAGGUAAACUCACUGUCAUACUUAUUUAAAAACGUUGUUUAUUGAGAAAAUAUAUUGGAUUACUAAAUUUUUUUGUUUUAGCUUUGAAGACAAGCGAAAGAAUAAAAGAUGCUGUCAGUUUUUUGUUUAAUGCCAAGAAAUUAAAGAAAAAAGAAG